AUCUCUAGAUUUAAUAGGUUCCUUGAUUGAGGAAGACCAGUGGAUUUUCAUCACUGUUACAGUUAAAUUAAUAAACCCUGAUUUGUCCUGUGAGCCACAAGUGGGUCGUCCACCUCUUUCUCGACCUGCAUCAUGCCUCGCCCAUGCCCCAAAUCUGCCCGGAUCCAUGACGGGUUAGUUAAAAAUCACACACACACACGCUGAAUUUUGCAAUAGUACAAUAGUGCAAUAGAAUGAGUCAUUACUGUGUGACAAUGCAUGUGUGGACAUAGUACUGACUUGUUUCACAAGGCCCAUCAAUGAGGCAAGCGGCUUCAGGUCAGGGGGUAAUCAGUCAAUUUCAUGACAUACUAGUGAAGAGGUACUCCAGUGUCUUUCAAGGGAUGGGAGUACUGCCUUACACAUACGCCAUUCAAUUAAGAGAUGACGUCCUAAACGCCCCACAGAGAUUGCGGGGCCCAUUGCUCUCCAUGAAAGAUUGAACAGGUGAGGAGUUAGGCGUGAUCAAAAAGACAGAGGAACCCACUGAUUGGGUAGGAUCCAUAGUUUGUACAUGUGUCUUGUGAUAAGGUUGCAGCCUUAUGGCUUUCAUUUAAUAUAUGUUCCAGGAGUACAAAUUGACAUUGCAGAUGCAAUAAAUUAUAGAUUAUAAGUUAAUUAUGCUUGUGCUUUUGUUUAUUUACUGGUUUACUCAGUUGUUAUUAGAAGGUGACAUUUCACAUUCUUGCAGUGAGCCAAAAAUCAGAUACAGAAGGGAUUUCCACAUACGAUACUUGCUACACUCAGAUGGCUAAAACCAAAACUUGCAGUAAAGGUGACUGGGCGGGCUCUUGAAACACAGUGGGAGGAGCAUUCUUUUGUUACACAGAAAAACAUCUUGAGCACAGGCACAGCAGAGCUCUGAGAGUCGUGAGCAGAGCAAGAUGGCAAUGCUGUUGCCGAUUCUCCUGACACUGCUGGCCUGUCUGAUAGGAGUGCUGUACCUCCUGGGAGCCUUGCGCAGACGGCGCUCCGGAGAGCCUCCGCUGGACAUGGGACCGAUUCCUUGGUUGGGCCACAUGUUGGAGUUCCGUAAGAACACUGCCACAUUUCUCCAGAGGAUGAAGGAAAAGCAUGGGGAUAUUUUUACAGCACAGAUGGGUGGGAUCUACUAUACAUUUGUCAUGGACCCUCUCUCCUUUGGGACGAUAGUGAAAGAGUCCAGGACAAAUUUGGACUUCACUGAGUUUGCAAAGAACCUGGUGGAGAUCGUUUUCAGCUACGAAACCUUAGAGGAUGAACACAAGGUAAAUCAUGCAGUUAUCAAUAAGCACUUGAUGGGUGACGGACUGGUGGUCGUGACUCAGGCCAUGAUGAACAACCUGCAGAAUCUGAUGCUACACAGUCUGGGACAAGGGAAUGGUCAGAGCACCUGGCAGGAGGACGGUCUGUUUCACUACAGUUACAACAUUAUCUUCCGGGGUGCCUACCUAUCCCUGUUUGGUAAUGAGGCAGCUAACUCCUCAGAGAUGAUGGAGAAAGCCAGAGAGCUCGACCGGGUACAGUCCAAUGACCUGUUUCAUGAGUUCCGUAAGUAUGACAAGAUGUUUCCUAGCUUAGUCUACAGGAUCUUACCUCCCUGGAAGAAAAGAGAGGUUGAGAGGUUGAGGAGGCUAUUCUUGAGCAGACUGUCGACCAAGAACAUAAAUACGAAGCAGAAUGUCAGUGGCUGGGUGAUGGACAGUAAGCAGGUGAGGGAAGAACUUGGCAUGGAUCCAUUGAUGGUGAACCGGUACAUGUUCAUACUACUUUGGACUUCCCAGGGAAACACGGGACCCGCGUCUUUCUGGUUACUUAUGUUCCUCAUGAAGCAUGCAGAUGCGAUGACAGCUGUGCGCAAGGAAGUGGAGGAGGUUCUGAGAGUGACCGGGCAGUCAGUGAAGCCCGGAGGCCCCCUCAUCAACCUGACACGAGAUAUGCUGCUCCAGACACCCGUCCUUGAUAGCGCAGUGGAAGAGAGCUUGCGACUUACGACUGCCCCAAUGCUCAUCCGAGGCGUGAAGAAAGACAUGUCCCUCAAGAUGGCCAACGGGCGUGAGUACAAUAUCCGCCAGGGUGACCGUCUGGCCCUCUUCCCCUACACGGCUGUGCAAAUUGACCCAGAGAUCCACCCUGACCCAAUGACCUUCAAGUACAAUCGCUUCCUGACACCUGAAGGGACAAAAAAAACGGACUUUUACAAGAAUGGGAAGAAGGUCAAAUUCUACAGCAUGCCCUGGGGGGCUGGAGUCAGUAUGUGCCCAGGUCGUUUCUUUGCCACCAAUGAGUUGAAGCAGUUUGUCUUCCUCAUGCUCACAUACUUCGAUUUUGAGCUAAAAAACCCCGAGGAGGAGAUUCCCGCAUUUGACGUCAGCCGUUGGGGUUUCGGGUCAAUUCAACCAAGCCGAGACAUCCAGUUCAGAUACAGGUUACGCUUUUAACUCCAAGGACUGCGCUAGAUUUCAAAGCACUUAGUAGUGUGCCUAGUGUCAGCUUCAUAUAAUAAAACCGUAUUUCAAAUUAUUAUCAACUACAUCAGCAGUGCUUUAAAAAUGGCUUUAUAAAUUACAGGAUGAAGUUACACUCCUUCCAUGGUCUCCCCAGUCACCAGAUACAAAAUCACUGAGCCUUUCUGAAACGUUCUGGAGCUCAUAGGGGAGACUGAGGGAUCUCUCUAGUUAAUUUGUAGUUAUUUAAUUAUGUUCAUUUAGUUCAUUUAUAUGUUUCAUAUUUCUUAUUUUUAUAUUUCUUACUGUCCUUGCUACUCGAUCAUCAUGUUCUUUGCCUCUCAUACAACUUACUCUCACCAAGGCUGUCUGACCCCCCGGCUCCAGGAAUCUGUACAAAGUCCAGAGAUAAAGGGCCUGCUUCCCUCAGUGGGGGCAGAGACAGACACAGACAGACAGUGAACCGGCCGUGUGAAACAUCUUUCUGUAACAUCUUCAUUAUGUCUUAAUAAACUGCUUAAGCUUAAGGAACCUGCCUCAUCAUUCAACUAAAAGAACCUGAGGUUUCACUGAAGAAAUCUAUCAGUUGGCAUGACGAACAGGAUCAUGGUCAAGAUCAUGGUGGCCUGCCAUGCCUGAGAGCCGUCCAGGCAACAUGCGGCCGGUUAUCACUGGCUAGUUCAAACAACCCUGCCACCCUGUUACCAGAGUGCAUGGAAGAGAUCGAUCACGACUUUGUGGAAAUAGAAACUGCGAUGGAAGAAGCUGCCCACACUCAAGAAACGGCAUUGCAUAAUCCCAACCUGCUGUUGUAUACCGAUGGUUCCUCAGUGGUCGAGGGGGGUGUGAGAUGUGCUGGAUGGGCAGUAAUGACAGACACGCAGGUAACUGCAAGUGGCAGUAUGCUUAAAGACACAUCGGCACAACAAGCUGAGUUAAAAGCACUAAUCGAAGCAUGCACAUUUGCAAAAAUCCGGCAGCCAAUAUGUACACAGAUUCCAGAUACGCAUUUGGAGUUGUCUAUGAUUUUGGACUCCUGUGGAGACGACGUGGUGUCCUAACGACAGCUGGGACACCAGUGAAAAAUGGACAAUUGGUUGAAGAAUUACUGGAUGCUAUCCAACUUCCUGCUGAGCUAUAGCAGUCCUGAAAUGCAAAGCUCAGACGAAAACUGACACAGUGGAAAGUCAAGGAAGCGCACUCACAGAUUAAGCUGCUAAAAGAGCUGCGAGAGGGGGUGACACAGGCUUUGAUGUGAAAUGUAAACUGCUAAGAACAAUGAACAAACAUCUUGAUGACAUCAAGGAUAUGCAGAGCAACAGUCCUGCUGACGAAAAACGGUCAUUGACGGGAAAAGGUGCAAAACUUCACGGAGAAGACGUAUGGAGAUAUGGAGACGGACCCAGAACAGUGGCCCCGUCAUCGCUACUUCCCUACCUAGCGCACCAAAUUCAUUCAGUAAGUCACCCUGGUUUGGUCAACAAGGGUGGAACCCGCAAUUCCGAUCACAAGCACAGCAGGUGGUGAGACAGUGUCUGACCUGUCAGAAGAAUAAUGCAGGUCCAGGAAUGCUGACACCAACUCUUGUAGCGCCUGCUCCGCCAGGCCCCUUUCUCCAUCCACUCCAGUGGACUACAUCACUCUGCCGAAAAGUCACGGUUAUUCAUAAGUGCUUGUCAUUGUGGACAAAUUCUCAAGGUGAGUGGAAGCGGUUCACUGCCGAAAAGCCACAGCCACUCGCACUGCAAAGACACUGGUCAAAGACUACAUUCCACGCGGGGGCCUUCCAUGCCAGACUGACUCAGACCAAGGAACAUAUUUCACCGGAGCAGUCUGUCAAGAGAUCGGCUGAGUCAUGGGGAUUGAAUGGUCAUUCCACUGCCCUCAUCACCCACAGUCAUCUGGACAAGUGGAGAUGACUAGUGGAGAUCCCUGACAAGUGGCGAUCCCUAGUUAAUUUGCAGUUAUUUAAUUAUGUUCAUUUAGUUCAUUUAUAUCUUUCAUAUUUCUUAUUUUUAUAUUUCUUUCUGUUCUUGCUACUCGAUCAUCAUCUUCUUUGCCUCUCAUACAACUUACUCUCACCAAGGCUGUCUGACCCCCCGACUCCAGGAAUCUGUACGAAGACCAGAGAUAAAGGGCCUGCUUCCCUCAGUGGGGGCAGAGACAGACACUGAACCGGCUGUGUGAAACAUCAAUCUGUAACAUCUUCAUUAUGUCUUAAUAAACUGCUUAAGCUUAAGGAACCUGCCUCAUCAUUCAACUAAAAGAAGGUUUCACUGAAGAAAUCUAUGUCCAAAUAUCAUCAGGAAGGAGUGCCAUGGCCUCAGGCACUGCCAAUCAUUCUCUGCAGCAUCAGAGUGACAAUCAACAGAAAGACUGGUUUGAGCCCAUUUGAGAUCAUCAUAGGGCCAAUGCAUCUUCCCGACAGCAUAGAUCUAAAAAAAGACAGACAUUCACCUUGCUAGUGAUAGCCUGGUUGAUUAUUGCAUUAAGCUCACCAAUGCCAUUAAGUCUGCCUUUCAACUGGUUUCCAACUCGUGGGAAGAGCCCAUUGACAGAGGUCACACUCUGGUACCAUGUGAGUGAUUUCUGAUCAAGAAACCGCAGAAAGAACCGCUUGAGGCUAAGUGGGAGGGCCCAUAUCAGGCACUGUUAACAACAAACGCAGCAGUUAAAGUGUGUGGUAAAAGCAUAUGGAUUCAUGCCAGCCAUUGCAAAAGAGUAGACUAUGUUCCUGAGAUCUAAUGCAAGUAAGGUGAUGUGCUAGUAACCUCUCACUUAGUAGCCUACGCUGCUGGAUGACAAAGUCACAGACUUUAACAAACCAGAAGAUCAACAACACACACACACACACACACACACACACACACACACAUAUUGUGGAUUGUCAAGCUUUACAUUUGCUUUUCUGGUAAUCUGUGCAAAUAUGUUAAUGGAAACGUGAUUGCCUAAACUGAUGAUGAUGAUUAUGAUUGAUUAAUUGUGAUUGAUUAAUGGAUAUGGGGUUAUUUUUUUAUUAUUUUAUUUUGCUACCUUUUUGCAAGGUGCCUCACUUGGUUUUUAGAACCUAGUGUAGAUCCAAGGCUUUAUGCAGAGUUUUUACAAUUAUAUUCUGAUCAGUCAUUUGCUUGUUGUGAUUAAUUACUCAUGAUGAUUCGAUGUGUUUUGUUUUCCAUAGAAUCAUAGGGGGGACUGAGAGAUAUCCCUUGUUAAUUAGCAGUUAUUUAAUUAUGUUCAUUUAGUUCAUUUAUAUCUUUCAUAUUUCUGAUUUUUAUAUUUCUUUCUGUUCUUGCUACUCGAUCAUCAUGUUCUUUGCCUCUCAUACAACUUACUCUCACCAAGGCCGUCUGACCCCCCGGCUCCAGGAAUCUGUACAAAGACCAGAGAUAAAGGGCCUACUUCCCUCAGUGGGGGCAGAGACAGACACAGACAGACAGUGAACCGGCCGUGUGAAACAUCUUUCUGCAACAUCUUCAUUAUGUCUUAAUAAACUGCUUAAGCUUAAGGGACCUGCCUCAUCAUUCAACUAAAAGAAGGUUUCACUGAAGAAAUCUAUCAAACAGAACAGCAAGUGAGACUCAAAGCAUGUGGUAACAUCCACUUUGCUCUCAAAUAUGCUUCAUCUUCUCCACUCAUCAUCUCAUUCUCCUUUUGGGGUGCAAGAUGAAGUAACAAAAUAUUUAGCAAUCAGUUUAGUAAAUUUCAAAUGAAAAUUACUUUAAUGUGUCUAUUAAUCUGUCAUUUCUUUGUCAUAAAUACAAAAUUAAGAGCUUAAUUCCAAAUGUAUUUUAAUAAAAUUUAAAUGUGAAAUCCAAAGUUUUACUCAGUUUGUCAAUGGUGGGACGUUCUUUUUCUCAUGAAUUUGUUAAUAUGCAAUUUAUGUUUUGGUGUGUCUGCAUUUAAUAAGGGAGUCCUUUUUAAAUUAUGUUUCAUAUACUUUUCUGCUGACAUAUUUUAAAAAUCCCAAAUUAUAAGUGCAUGUCAUGUAUUGUUAAAUAUCUUUGUGUACAACUUUGUUCCUAGUGAAGAAAAAUGCAAAUUAAAAAAUAAAAAAGGACCAAAGUGAA